UUCGCACAGUCCUGGAAUGUCCUGGAAAGUCCUGGAAAAUUAAAAAUGUAUUUUCCAGUACUUGAAUGUCCUGGAUAAUCAGCCAUUGUCCUGGAAUGUCCUAGAAUUUCGUUAUUCUUGGUGCUAAAAAAAUUUCUAAUGCUUUGUGCACGAGCCAAUGGAAGGAAUAGGCUGUUGUUUGUGUCAACACUCGCAGUAUAUAGGUCACUUCAUUCAUAAAAUCAGUGGAGUAAAAGCGUAGUAAAACACCCACCAAUCAAAUCUCUACACAAGCCGCUUCCGUCAGGCGGAAAUGGACGGAAACUAUCGACCUAGAAGGAAGUUGACUUUUGUAUGCGCACGCGCAGCCCUCAUGUGGCAUGUUUUGUGAAUUUGGCGGGAGGCGAAAGAAUGUCACGUCUUUGUUAUUUUAAUCUAUCCUGGCUCAGCCAACCAGGUUAUCAGGAUUGGCUGGAGAAAGACUCCGCUCACAGAGCACGGUGUUCGCUUUGCAAGAAAAGCUUUGACAUUGGAAAUAUGGGUGAAAGUGCGGUUAAGAGCCACUCAAAGGGAACCAAGCACAUGCAGUUGCUCCAAGCGCUGAAGGAACGUCACCGUUCGAACACCAAUAUUACCGAGUAUUUUGGAAGGUCCUCGUCAUCGACGACAGACACACUUGAUCUUGGGCAAAGGGCUGCACCUACAGCGACUGUAUCUAGACCAUCAACCAUUCCCGAGUUUGUCACAAAGGAGGAAGUUUUGAAAGCUGAGAUACUGUGGGCGUUAAACAUCAUAGAAUGUCACCAUUCCUAUAAAUCCUGUGAGGGAAUUGGGGGACUUUUCUGUAAAAUGUUUCCUGACAGCAGCAUCGCAGCGCAAUUCAUGUGUGGAGAGAAAAAAUCAGCAUAUCUUACUGUGUUUGGACUAGCUCCGCAUUUCCGGACUCUCUUGAAGCAGAAGAUUGAUAGCAAGUUUGUUCUCCUCUUCGAUGAAUCCCUGAACAAAAAGAACCAAAAGAAACAAAUGGAUUUCUAUGCGCGUGUGUGGGAAAACGAUGAAGUGAAGUCCAGGUACCUUGAUUCCAAAUUUGUUGGGCACUGUACAGCUACAGACAUGAUGGCAGAAUUUCAGUCAGUUUUUGGAGACUUGAACCCUCGUAAUCUGAUACAAGUCAGUAUGGAUGGCCCCAGCGUAAACUGGAAGUUUUACCACAGCUUACAAGUAGAUUUAGAAACUAAGUAUGGGAGGACACUUUUAGACGUGGGCUCAUGUGGGCUGCACAUCUGCCAUGGUGCAUUCCAAACUGGAGUGGAGAAGUCUGAAAUGGGUGUAGCUAACAUUUUACGUUCUCUUUACUCAUUGUUCCGGGACUCUCCUGCUAGACGAGAAGAUUACACAAAAGUAACUGAUGGGGCUAAAAUCCCUCUCAAAUUCUGUAAGACUAGGUGGCUGGACAAUGCCCCAUGUGCCUCAAGGGCCAUUGAAAUAUGGGACAGUAUUUGUAAAUAUGUGUCAGCUGUGAAAAGGAAAACUGUCACUAAACCAGACAAUCAGUCUUACUUGACAGUCCAAAAAGCUGUGGAGGAUCCAUUGACACUGGCACGACUUAAGUUUUUCUUGGCAGUUGCACAAGAAAUUACACCAUUCUUGACCAAGUAUCAAAGUGACCAACCACUACUGCCCUAUAUCACUCAUGAUCUAUUGGUCCUGAUACAAGGUUUGCUGGAGAGAUUUGUUGACCACAAGGUAACAGACUCAUUAACGGCUGCAAAGAUAGCUUUGUUUGAUGUCAGAGACAAGAAAAACUUUGUUGAAAUUUCAAAGAUUGAUGUUGGGUUAGCUGCAGACAAGACAUUGAAGGAGGCUUAUCGAUCAAAGAAGAUAUCGGAUAGAGCCGUGUUACAGUUUAGAAUGGAGCGCAGAACGCUUUUAAUUGAACUUGUAGCUAAACUUAUUGAAAAGUGCCCUGUUAAAUACCCUCUAGCCAGAAGUGUUGCAUGUCUGGAUCCUAGGCAUUUUAACCAGAAAGAGGUGGCCAUAAAGUUCAUGAGGAAGACUCUAUUAAUAUUGACAGAUGCUCAUUGGAUUACACCUGAAUUUGGUGAUGAGGCUCUUCGUCAGUUUUCUAGGUACUUGGAUGAUGCAGCAAUAAAGCAUAUGCACUUUGAUCCCAAAGUCACCCGAUUAGACAGACUUUGGCACAUGGAUAUUUCGAACAAAGUCGAAUUCCUUGAGCUCUGGGGAGUGGUGAGCCUACUGCUGCUGAUGUCCCAUGGUCAGGCCACUGUAGAGCGUGGCUUUUCCAUUAAUAAAGAGGUCGAGGUUGAGAACUUGAGGGAGGAUUCAAUUAUUGCCCAGAGGAUUAUAUGUGAUCAUUUACACAACAUUGGUGGUGUUCAGAAUGUUGUAUUGGACAAAAAACUUCUGAUGUCUGCCAGUGCUGCUCGUCGAAGAUAUCAGGACUAUUUAGAUGAACAGAAACGGUUGAAGGAGAAGUUGCCAGCCAUGGCCCGAAAGCGGAAAAUGGAAGAGGAAGUGGCGGAGUUAAAAACACAACAGAAGAAAUUGAGGGGUGACAUUGAUUCUCUAAGAUUGUCUGCUGAUGAAUUUUCAGUCAGAGCAGAAAAGGAAAGAGACUUGUCUCACAUAAGCAAAUCGAACAGCUUGCGCGAAUCAGCACAGCGCAAAGAAAUGGACCUGAAACAGUUAGAAGAGACACUUGCUCAGAAAUCACAACAGUUGAAGAACAUGUGA